CAGCGUGUGGCUCACAGAGCUGGCUGGGAAGUACCCCCCACGUCUCUGUGCGGCCGUCGCGCAGUGUGCGCGGCGAUCGGCGCCCGCCCUCGCGACUCUCGGCCAUGGCGCACCCGCCUGGCGCUGGACAGCCGUGGAGGCCGUCGUCCGAGCCCAGCGGCCGCUCCCCAGGCUACGUCCGCUUCGAUGCCCGGCCAGAAUGGUUUUUGGCUGGGAGCGGGCUACUGGCCCCCGGGGCGCACGCUGCCCCCCCGGAUGGGCCCAUGUCGGCCCCGGCUGCUGGAACUCCGAGGCCGACCAAGCGAGGCUCCGAGGCGAUCGGCGUCGAGGCCGAGCCGCCCGCGUUUGCCCCGAAGGUCAAGCGAGUCUUGCAGCCGACGUCGAAGCGCGUGGCCAGGCCCGCCGCCGCCGCUCCGCUCUCGGUGACCGACGCUGCGCUCGCGGCGGUGCCGGGGGCGUCCGAGCGCUCGCGCAGGCCAGCCGCGGCGAACGUGCCCUCGCCGAAGGCGGCGACCAGGAUCGCUCGCAGGCAGGUCGUGGACGCGGCCGGACCGAGCCUGAUGAUCUCGGACCUCGCGCAGGUGGAGGCGCGCUCGGUGUCGGACGAGACCAGGAAGUCGGACAAGUCGCGCGCCCACGCGUUCGCCAAGUUCGAGCUCUACGCGUUGCAGGCAGGCCACCGGAGGGAGGCGCUCGACAACCACGACACCCUGGACCAGGUCGCGGCGGAGUACAUCAACGACGAGAUAUACUUGAAGGGCGCGGACGCGUCGGCGCCGCGCGUGCUGACGUGCGCCAUCAUCUUCGCCAAGAGCCUGGCCAAGGGCAGCUUGCCCCGCAGCCGCCGCGCCAUCAAGGGCUUCUUGAAGGACGAGCCGCCGACGUCGGAGGAUCCGUGCCCCGUCGAGGCCGCCGCCAUCCUGGCCGAGGACCUCUUCGAGCGCGGCGACCCGAUCGCCGUCGAGUCGGGCCUCGCCUUCUCGAUGCAGUUCGAUGCCUUCCUGCGGCCCGGGGAGGCGCUGAAGCUCAAGAAGGAGGACGCGGUGCUCCCGUCGGCCGCCGGGCACAAGGAGACCUGCGUCAUCGCCGCCCAGCAGGCGCAGAAGGGCCAGGCUCCGACACGCACGGCGAAGUCAGGCGAGCACGACGACACCGCGGUCGCCGGCCUGCCCGGCCUCGGGCUCAGCUUCGUGCCGACGGUGCUGCAGCACCUCCACAAACCCACGAAGAAGGGGGAGCUCCUCUUCGAGUCCCUCAGCCUGGCCCGCUACGAAAUGGAGCUCAAGGCGGCGGUGGCCAGGUGUCGCCUCGACCGCCUGGGGAUCACCCCCCGCAGCGCCCGCCGCGGUGGGCCCAGCACGGCCGCCAACCGGAACCUUCUCUCGCUCGGAGAAAUCAAGAAGCGCGGGCGUUGGUUGACCAGCAAGAGCGUGGCGCGCUACGAGAAGAAGGGCAAGCUGCUGCGCCAGAUCUCGCUGACGGGCGCGAGGGAUGUCGCCCUUGGUGCAGCUCUGCUCGAGGUCAAGCGAGGCUCGACAGCUUCGACGAUCGGCUCGCACGCAGUGCGCAUGGCGGCUAACAUCGUGAGGAUCCGCCGUGGUCAGCCGCUGCGCGACUAAGGCCUGAUAGCAUUAUGCUGGUCCUCGGUCCAAUCAUGCUGAUGCCUCGAGUUAGCCGUCUGAUGGCCUGGUUUUGGAAAAGGAUUGCGCGGCUUGUCCCAAUGCCCACCCACCCUGGCGACAAGACCAAUAGGUUGGCAGUUUGGCAGGAUUUCUUUCGCGCUGUUUUUCUGUUUGUGAUGCUGGAUCUGAUGCGAUCCCGCUCAAUGUGGAUUCCUCGGCGCGUCGCCGAGCCUUGAGUCACAAAGAUUGGUGCCCUUCGCUCUGCGUCUUUCUCUUUUCGUUUUGGGCUCAUCUUUGUGGCUAUGCGCCUGUUCCGCCAGCAUUCGCAAUGUCCCCGCUAGCGUAGAUAAUAAUUUCCAGCUCGUACGCAGUUUAUUCAGAGCAGGAGGGGUUGGUUCCGAAGGCGCCCAGCCCGCCCUCCCCUUUCGCCUUUGAACCGAUCGCGCUGCUCUGUUGUAUCUAGCUGUGCUGGCAGAAUUUCUCUCUCGCUCGAGUUGUUUUUCCUGUUUGUGCUGCUGGAUCUGAUGCGACCCCGCUCAAUGUGGAUUCCUCGGCGCGUCGCCGAGCCUUGAGUCACAGAGAUUGGUGCCCUUCGCUCUGCGUCUUUCUCUCUUCGUCCUGGGCUUACCUUUGUGGCUAUGCGCCUGUUCCGCCAGCAUCCGUAAUGUUCCCGCUAGCGUAGAGAAUAGCUCUUGUUUCCCAACACUCUUAUGUUGGGUUCUCGUAUU